UGCCACAUUUCAGUGCCCAUCAGUGCCACAUUUCAGUGCCACCCAUCAGUGCCAGUCGGUGCCACCUUUCAGUGUUGCCAAUCAGUGCCACCUAUCAGUGUGCAUCAGUGCCGCCUAUCAGUUUCCAUCCAUGCUGCCUUACAGUGCCAGUCAGUGUCGCCUAUCAGUGCCAGUCAGUGCCGCCUAUCAGUGCCAUAUAUGAGUGCUGCCUUUCAGUGCCCAUCAGUGAUACCUGUCAAUGCCCAUCAGUGCCACCUACCAGUGCCUCCUCAUCAGUGCCCAUCAGGGCCACCUAUAAGUGUCCAUCAGUGCAGCCUAUCAGUGCCCAUCAGUGCAGCCUCAUUA